AAACACAUAAUAUCACACCAAUACUUUGCAUCUUGCACUAUGUCACAAUGGUGGUAGAAAAAGUGCUCUUUCUUUCACAAACCCCUGGAGUCUGUGGUUAUGUGAGGUUGGACUAUCCACGUGGUGCUUGUUGCUGUCUUCCUUGGUGUUGGUGGAGUGGUAACAGUUUAUAGGUGGUGCUGGUUAAUCCUGUUGCCGCUGUGGAAAUCCCAGCAGACCUGUGCUGGCAGUGCCGCACUCUGGAUCUCUACGCCACCGGCAUGCAGAACCACCUGUAGACACGCAGGAUGUUUAACUGGGUGGUGAAAGUGGUCCCCCAACUCCCUGAAGCUCCCGGGACAGAUGAAGCUUUUAAGAUCCCUGAUGCUGACCUCCCCAAAAAUAAAGUGAAGAGUCCUCCACAGAAAAACACAGACGAGGUUUCAGAGGACAGCCAGGCCCAGACUGGAGUUUUAGGCUGGCUGUCCAAUGGGUUUGUCAGCUCCCUGCCUCAACCUUCAGGCUCCCCUCGACUCAGCAGGUCCAACUCUGACGCCAAAUCUGGAGAGGACGGAGAAAGGUCUGGAGUCAUAAACUGGGUCACUCAGGGUCUAACCAAGGUGUUGCCUCAGCCUGAUGAAAAAUACAAAGAGAGAGAGAUUAUCGACACCAGCAAUGACGAACACACUGAGGUCUAUGAGUUAGCAACAAUGCCAGAUUUUGAUCCCCUCCCACACAUCCCAGUGGUGGAGGUAGAGUCAGAGGAUGAGAUGGAGGUAGAGACCCCUCAAUUCCCUCCCAAGGUGGUGAAGUGGAUAAAGCAGAUCAUCCCUCAGCCAGUUAUACUGCCGCCUGGUGCUGUACCCAUUGAACCAUCAAACAAGUCCUCUCGCUCAUCUCUGGACAAAAUUUUGUCUCCACCACCCGAAUCUCUCAGUGGAAUCUCACUGGAUACUGAUAGCAAGGCCACGGGUGUGGUUGGCUGGUUCGUGUCAGGACUGGGCCUGAAGAUGCCUCAGCCUGCCAUUCCACCCAAAGAUGAUUCUGAGAGUCCAGCUGAAGUUCUACAGAAAGUUUCAUCCAAACUCAAACCUGACAUGGUACUAGAAGACGUGGAGUCAGACAACGAGGGCCAGCCGAAACGUGAACAUCAGUCCAAAGCGGCAGCACCGUCCACAUCACUGACUGCACCAUCACUGACAACACACCAACAGCAAGAAGCGACACAGCAGACACAGUCCAAACCACUGCAGUCUCAAAAGUGCGUUGACUCCAACCCAGGACCAGAACGGUCAGAGAGCUUGACAAAAAUAUCUCAGGAAGAUGCUGAGACCCAGACGGGCCGCUGGACUCCGUUCAUUGAAAGCAUCAAGAAGGAGGCCGAAGAUGUGGCUUUGGCUACCAUGGAGGAACGUCUGCUGCAGGAGCGCGUGGAGAUGGCUCGAAUGGCUGAGGAGGUGGCCAGGCAGACAGCUGAGAUGGCCAUCAGACAGAUGACCAGUGAGGGACAGUCCAUCAAACUUUCACUGGGGAGUCAAGACCUGCUGGAGGAGCCUGAAGCUGAAGAGGAACAGAGCCUUGCUGAGGAGAAACAGGAGGAAGAGACUGAGGAAUCUAAGGAACCAGAGCCAAAGGAGGAAGCAGAGCCACAGCAGACUUCCCCCUCUCCACCUCCAAGUCCUGAACCAGUUAAGACCUCUGAGCCUGAGCCAGAACCAGAGCCAGAGCCAGAGCCAGAGCCAAAGUCAGAACCAGAGCCAGAGCCAGAGCCAAAGCCAGAACCAGAGCAAGAACCAGAGACCACGAUCCAGGAAGCCAGUUCAGAAGCUGAGCCUGUAACCAAGCAGCCGCAGAAAGCAGAGAAAGACGAUCGAAGCGCCAACGCUGACAAAGCUGCUCCAGUCAGCUGUGAUGCAUUAAAGAGCUGCCUGAUGCGCAUUCCUCACACCUCUGAGUGCCUCGGCAACAUCAACGCGUUCUUCAAAGAGAACGGCAUCUCCACUCCCAAAAUACCCCCCAUGCCUAAGCUACCCACCCAGCUCUCUGACGUUACCAAAGCUUUUCAACGAUCCCGCAGAAGCUCUCCCAGUUUCCCAGUCGAACGCAGCAGUAUUUCCUCAACGUCCAGAACCGCCUCAACAGCCUUAUGCCUCAAGAUGCCUAAUACACAACAACAACAACAACAACAACAACAACAACAACAGCAAAAACAGAAUCACGACAAGAAUCAGCAAGACAUUGAACUCUACCGGCUCGUCCGACACUCCCCUCUCCCUCCUCCUCACCACCCUCACCUCCGGUCCCGCUCCCCAUCUCCAUCUUCCCCCAACGGUAGCACCCUCGACUUGCCUAAUGUGCCAUCCUACCCACGCCUGCCGCCAAUUGUCGGCCCCCCAUCAAAGCAGCUCAACUCACCAUCCCACAAGCUGUCAGGUCUCUCUAACCCAGCGUUCUUCAUUGAAGAUGACAUUUCAGCAAUAAAACCCACAGAGAGCUCUAGCCUCAGCCUUCGUCCAGCCGUCAAUGUAGAGGAUGUUGAUCAUGAGAGAGGAGGAGGGGUGGAGGAGAGCAAUAACCCCAAAAUCCUCACCCCCCAGGACCCCAAACUUACGACCCUCACUGUCCCUGUGACCCCUUCUGGAGGUCGUCAAAGUAAAGGAGACAAAGACGAUAGGAGGCUGCACUCUCAAAGUGAAGAUGAUGACGAUGAAGCAAGCAUCCCUGUCAGAGCCUGGCCCAGCCAGUCCAGCUUGCACAGCGCAGAUGACAUGCUGAAAGAACGUCCUGCUUCUGCAGCCAGUCAGACCAGUACAGUGGUCAACGAGCGUCUUCAGGAGCUGGUUAAGAUGUUUAAAGAGAGGACGGAGAAGGCAAAGGAGAAACUCAUUGACCCUGACAGCUCAGAUGAAGACAGCAUCAUCCCCUCUCCUCCUCAGACUUCAGCUCCUCAGCCUGCUCCUGGAGGUCAGCCAGUAGACGGGGGAGAGAAGGAGGCACAAGCAGGUCCAUCAGGAGGAGGAGGAGGAGUGGAGGAGAGUAGGGCAGAGGAAGAGCAGUCUAGCGCCUGCUGCAAGGUGAAAACUCCUCGGUGGAUACGCGCCUGUAUGCACUUCCGCUUCCCUGCCAGCAUCGACCCUUUCACCAACCUAAUGUAUGUGCUGUGGAUGUUACUGGUCUCUCUGGCGUGGAACUGGAACGCGUGGUUCAUCCCAGUGCGCUCUGCCUUCCCCUAUCAGACCCCAGACAACAUGUACAUCUGGCUGCUGAUGGACUACCUGUGUGACCUCAUUUACAUCCUGGACAUCAUCAUCUUCCAGCCGCGCUUGCAAUUUAUUCGUGGUGGGGACAUAGUGUGUGACAAAAAAGAGAUGAGAAAGAAUUACAUGAGCACCAAGCGCUUCAAAUUUGAUGUAGCCAGCCUUGUUCCCCUGGAGCUCUUCUAUUUUAAGACUGGUAUCAACACUCUGCUUCGCAUACCCAGGCUGCUGAAGAUUAACUCCUUCUUUGAGUUCAACGAGCGUCUAGAGGCCAUCUUGACCAAAGCCUACAUCUACAGGGUGAUCCGCACCACCACCUAUCUUCUUUACUGUCUCCACUGUAACGCCUGUCUAUACUACUGGUACUCUGCCUUCAUGGGACUAGGAUCGACCAAGUGGCUUUACAAUGGCAGUGGCAACAGUUACAUUCGCUGUUACUACUUUGCGGUGAAAACCCUGAUCACCAUUGGCGGAUUGCCAGAACCCACAACCCUGUUUGAGAUAGUCUUCCAACUCAUCAACUACUUUGUUGGAGUCUUUGUCUUCUCUAUCAUGAUUGGACAGAUGCGUGAUGUGGUUGGUGCAGCCACAGCAGGUCAGACCUACUACCGCACGUGUAUGGACAACACUAUUAAAUACAUGUCCUCCUAUCGCAUCCCCAAAGAUGUCCAGAACCGUGUCAAAAUCUGGUACAACUACACCUGGCAAUCACAAGGCAUGCUGGAUGAGCAGGAGCUACUGACUCAGUUGCCAGAUAAAAUGCGUCUGGACAUUGCUAUAGACGUGAACUACUCCAUCGUCAGCAAAGUCCCUCUUUUUCAGGGUUGUGACAGACAGAUGAUCUUCGACAUGCUGAAAAGCCUACGCUCUGUUGUCUACCUGCCUGGGGAUUAUGUCUGCAAAAAGGGCGAGGUGGGUCGGGAGAUGUACAUCAUAAAGGCAGGGGAGGUGCAGGUGGUUGGAGGACCGGAUGGGAAGACAGUGUUUGUCACUCUCAGAGCAGGUUCAGUCUUUGGAGAGAUCAGUUUGCUUUCAGUAGGAGGAGGUAACAGACGCACAGCAAAUGUAAUCGCCCAUGGCUUUGCCAAUCUCUUCAUCCUGGACAAGAAAGACCUGAAUGAGAUCCUGGUCCACUACCCAGAGUCUAAGAAACUGCUCCGCAAGAAGGCCAGGAAGAUGCUGACCAAGGGAAAGAAACCUGAGCCCAAAGAAGAGGCUAAGGAUCCUCCUCAGGUCCCAGCAGCCCCUGUUAGGCCGGAGACACCCAAACUGCUGAGAGCAGCCUUGGAGAUGACAGAGAGAUCCACUGGACUGAAAGGAGCUCUGGCUAAAGUCAAAGAGAAGACCAACAAGUCCAGCAUCUCAUUACAGCCCUCCAUCUCCUCCUCCCUGCCUCCCCCGUCUCCCACUUCCAGCUACGGACCUGACAGAAACAUGGACACGCCAUCACCCAUCUCUGCAAGCUCCGCAGUGUUUCGCUCUGCUUCCGGUAGCCGCAACAACAACUGCCACAGUGACGCAGACGAAAUGCUCGCCACGGACCAAAGAGAGGAGGGUGUCAGCGAGGCUGGAGGAAACGCGGGUGGGAAGAGGAAGGAAAAGAAGUUGUGAUACUUGUUUAAAGGACAAGGGAAGGAGGAUAACAGUAAGAAAAACAAGUGGCAGUUGUGAAGGAUGGAUGACAAGAGGAGAGGGGAAAUUUGAGUGAUCACAGGGAAAUAAAGAAACACUCACUUUACAGGAGGGGAAUAGGAAUAAAUAAUGCUGAGUAUAUCUGCUAUAAAUUGACAGAAUGGUAGAAUGAUAGAGAGAGGAGGUGCUAUAACAUGUACAAAAAUCAGCCUGAUCUGCUAAAACUGACAGCUUCAUUGCAAAAAUAUCAAGGUAGUACUGUUUACCAUUCUGACCCACAACACACUUUUUAUGCAUUAUAGCCUUAUAGCCUACAUUACACUGUCUAGCUGUAAUGAACCUGUAAACCUAAAUAGCUGGAAUGUCAUGUUUGUGUCAAAUAUCAUCAACAUAGCAUUAGCUCUUGUAGGGCGAGCCAUGUUUUAUAAUAACUACAUCUCGGGGGCGUCACAGUCUUUCCCUGUCUUUUUCAAGAGUUCAUUUUUGUUUUCCCAUUGCUUCUGCAAUUUAUUAUUAAUCUCGUUAUUAGGUUGUCUAACGUACGGUAGGAGCAAGCCAUUCCUCGCAUCGUUACCUCUUCAGAAUUCAAGCACAUUUUCAUCGUCUACACUGAGUUUACUGCAUUCAAUGUAGCUGAUGAAGAUGAGUGAAUUUUGUGUAGGAUGGCAUAGUUAAGCCAUAACAGAUAACUCAGAUCAGUCAUUUCUACAGAACUGAACUUCUUUCUAAAACAUUCACAAAGUGUUUUUGCUGUUGUUGUCUGCAAACUGUUUACAGAUUCUUUUGUAAACUUGAAAGUACAAUUUGCCUUAUAUGUUUUGUCAUUUACCUUUGUGUCGUGUUGGUGUGAGUAGCUUGCACUGCUGAUGUUUCUACAAGCGGAUCUGAAAAACAGUACAGACCUAGUAAAGCUGUAUUUAAGGUUGUAACAACAUGAUCAUCUAGUCUUCCAUCAUAAGAUAUGUUACAAAUAGGUCAUAAAGUCUUCAGUUUGUCUUUGACCAUCAUAACUUUAAGCAUAGCAAGCUCAAACAUCACCUAGCCAUCAACACUGGAUUUUACAUGCUAAUACAUACUGUCAACUUAAAAAUGUACAUUUUUAUGUUCAUGUUUUCUUUUAUGUUUGUUUUGUACAAUAAUGUAAAUAUAUUUGUUUUUUGAGAAUUAGCUGAAUCACAUUUUAAUUUUCCUGUUAAUGUAAAAUCACUGUACUGCUUCACAGCAUCAUGACAUGUACAUGUGCAUUUUAAUAACGCUAAAUGUUUAGUUUGUGCUGUAAAUGUUUUUAGGACUCAGUCAUGAUGUAAGAAUUAUGAAUUAAGAUGGGACCAUAAACCAGCUAAUCAUACUGCCAGAUAAUUUGUAGAAAGGACUAUUAUUGUUGUCUUGUUUUAUUUCAUUUAUGGUUUUGUGUGUGUGUGU